CCCCGCUUCCCCAACCAACAACCCUUCGCUCACCGAAACCACGUUGACGACGGCGACCAACAUCUAGUAUCCCUUCCGUCGCUAACAGCAGCCAGAGAAUACCCCUUCUGGAUCCCUCUAGCACGCUUUCUCUGCUCUCCAGGAGAGCCGUGUGCGGUGGCGGAACUGCUGCUGCUGUCCUCAAGAAAACCCAUUCCUGUUCGUACAAGCAUGACUACCGGCACGGCGGGAGCAGGGAGGCAGGAAGACCACGUCUCGGUAACACACUCCUGCCUCCAGCUGGGCGAGAUCGUGGAGGCCGUGGCCGACCCCCGCGCCGGAGCCAUCUCCACUUUCUCGGGAACGACUAGAGACAACCACUACGGGAAGAAGGUCGUGCGCCUGGAGUAUGAGGGCUACGUGCCGAUGGCGGAGCUCGAGCUCAAGAAAAUCUGCGCUCAGGUGCGAGACAGGUGGAACGUCCUGAAGAUCGCCCUGGUGCACCGUCUCGGGGUGACAGAGGUCGGGGAGGCGAGCGUGAUCAUUGCCGUGUCGUCGGUGCACAGGAAGGACUCCCUGGAGGCCGUCGAGUUCGCGAUCAACACGCUCAAAGCCACCGUCCCGAUCUGGAAGCUGGAAGUAUACGAGGGCGACAGCAGGGUGUGGAAGGAAAACGCAGAGUGGGGGCCAGGGGGCGGGUGCUGCCGCAAGAUGGUUCCGGUUGAGGGAGAGGGCGGCCACGACCAGCAGCAGGUGGAGGGUGGGGAUCGCGAGCACAACAACGACCAUGACCACCACGACGAGGUCGCCAGCAGCACCAUCAGCAGAACCUACAGCAGCAGCAGCAGCACCAACGGCAGCGGGAGCGGGAGCGGAUGCUGCAGCGGCGCCCACGCCUGAACGCGAAAAAACAGGCCCACCUUCGCUUGACGUGCUACUCAAGCACUUUUUUUUCCCUCGGGAUGCCAGGAGCUUUGUUUUCUGGUGUUUGUUCCCUGUCGAAUACUCUUGCCUUUCCCCCCUUUAUCUUGUGUAGUUUUAGGCUAUACGUGCCGACCAUGUAGUACUGUAGACUGUACGCGCUGCAUUCCAAGCACCUCUGACGCUUGUGUACAACACCGGGGGCUUUGGGGAUGCGAUGCGGCUUGCGUUUUCGAUUCGAUUUUGUGCCCUUCUAUGUUUUGCGCCCGUUCCUCUCGUGUUCAGCAUUACCGCGUGCUUGGCGAGCCUUAGUUUUUUGUUUUUUCUUCGGCCGGUGCCGACAACGAGAGGACGAUUUUUUCGGGAGGGGGGGUUGCCUAUUUAGAAGUAGUAUCGUUCGUGCUGACUGGUUACCAAAAAAGUUUAAGUUUUUUUACUCAUUUGACAAUUUUUUGGGUCUUGUUUUCGUGAUGUCCUACUUUUUUUUUCUUUGUUUUCUGUACGAUGAGGUUGAGGAAGAGGAAAAGCCACGCCGCGUUUUCUUUUGUGUGGUUCCGCCCCCGUGCCCUAUCAAAACUGCGGGGGCGGGCUUUAGAUUUCCUCGGGUCAUAGGAUAGAAACAGACGAACACAUAUAGAUCAUACUAGUAGCGUAGCACGAAGGAGGGCGCCUAACCUGUGCCCGACGAUCAGUUAGUGCCCCGCUGGUCGAUAGAGAAAAAGCCAGGGGGAGAAAGAGGCUGGCUUUAGACGGGAGACGCGGAGGUGCCGAAAGCAAGGCGGGGGGCAUUGCGCAUGGCUGUUUUGCCGAGCUUGACCUGCUAUGGGUGCUUUGGAUGCGGCAUGUGCAUCUUUUUUUUUUUUAUGCGGGUGCCUUUUUGUUGUAUUUUUCUGGGGCAAGAGGUGAGGUGAUAGAUUAUUGCCGCGGGAGGGCAGUAGGAGGUGAUUGGUGUCACCCGCAAGGUGUCGCCAGUGGGCGUCCCCGAUAUUGUGUUUCACUUGUUUUUAGUCUGUGGAUGGAUGUGCGCACAGACCAGCGGGCGAAGUGUAGGAUGAGUCCGGUAGGGUGAAAGUCCCAAAGAAGGAUGGCGCUUAGAAGAGCAAAGGGUCAUUGGUAUGCCCCCGCUGAUUUUCACCCCUGUAGACUGCUGUCUGGACAUUUUUAGCGAGGGGGGGCGAGCCGAGCACCCCCGACCCAACUUUUUUGCCAUCAAAAAGUGUUGCUAAACGUGUGUAAGCCUUGGCAACUAAAAAUUGUGUUUGGAGCGUUGACUCUAGUCGUGGCAAAAUAAGAGGAGCGGGUGUAUGCCUUUUUCGAUUUGCAUGUUGUUGGCUGCUAGAACCGGCGUUUCAACCAAGGAGGUUGAUGGCGACAAAAUGAGUGAUAGACCCAGUAGGGAAAAAAACACGAGCACCGUGAUGUCUUGUCUGCACCGUAACAAUGUCUGUCGUCGUAUCUUGGUAGUAGGAGCUUUACGUAUGUCGCAUGGUGCGGAAUCUUUCUGUAGGCACCGCGGACGUCUCGUUUUUUCAUCGUCUCCCGAUGAGGACGUUUGAUCCGCGCGCAUAGAGCACAUGAAGGGUUAACGUGGGUGCCGUCGGCUGCGGGCAGCUGUGAUGUUGGUGUACAACGGUCUCUCCGUGUGCAAGCGCAGCAAUGGCCGUCAUAUUGUAGGAGCAGCGGCUUUUCGUCCUAUUUCGGACGGGCCCGGCGUAUGUAUCCAUGUUUUCUCUGUCCUUUAUUUUUCCAUUCGGUGGUGUAUUUCUGUGUUUCAGGUAAGGCAGGUGCUACCGGGCGGGCGUGUGACCGUAUGUGUCUUUGUUGGUCAUGGCCUACAGUCUGUGAAUCGUCUCGUGCGAAUUCGUCGUCCGUGGUGUUUGGUUGUAAGAUGGUUUGUCUUUCCCCUACAGCAGGCGAUUUGCUGUACUGCUGCGGUUCACGAGUUGCCCGAUUGAGUUUGUGCACCAUGCCAGGCGGAUCGCUGCCCGUUUAGAGGUGUGUAGUAAAACAAAAAAUGGGUGCAGCGUACCGUCCGGGGAGGGGGGUCAUACUGACAGUUGACAUUUUUGGAAGGGGUCAGAAGGUGGGGCACAACCUCACCUAUAGCAGUAGCGGGUAGUGGGGGCUCCUCCCCUAAAACCCAAACCUGCCGUAUGGUCGCCUAGUCAGCUAAUGACCGCAUGAAGAGAGACGCAAGAUGUCUUACUGCAAGAAAGCAGGGUACUUGCUUGCAAGAGAAAGAUCGAGGGCGGGGGCAGGCAAAGGAAGGGAGGCGUGCGUUGGUGGAGGCAGCUCUACCAGGAACGUGGGGUAGGGGGUGCAUGGGAUGAAGGAAGGCGACAGCAAAUUUUAUCCACUCCAAAAGAGGGCUGAAAAAGCUUGUUCUUGUAACCACCAUUCUACAAGCAGCGCUCGGCGCACCACCGCGGGAGACUUUUUUG